AUGCUGAUAAGGUUUGCCAGAGACCUCACUUUGAAAGUUGAGACCACCACCUAUUCGACGGUUUUCCAGCAGGUUUUCGGAUCGCUGCUCUCAGCGGAGUUCGCCACCCUCAUGUCUUCAUUUUUGAUCUCUAAUGUGCUGACAUAUGGUAUCAUCUGGUCGCAGUCAGCCAGCCUGUCGUACUAUAUCGAGAGCCCCACAAAAACUAUCAAGCCCUUUGUCAAUGAUAAGUUCCUUUAUUUCUGGUUUUUUGCCUUCACCAGCACGCUAGUUUACACAAUGUUCUUCCUCACAAAAGGGAAGAACCAAUUGAAGUUCAAGGUUGGUGUUUACAGAGUCGAACCUCUAGAAUACCUCAAGAAUCUGCCAUUGUUGGAGAUUUUGAAAGAGACCAGCAUUUUCAGCAUUUCAGUGACUCUCGCUACGCCCCCACUAUUCCUCAUGGUUAGAAAAUUCAUGUUCAACACCAUCUUGUUCCCAUUCAUUUGGCUGCUGAGUCUCAACACACAUCUUCCUCGAGUCUCCAUUUCGCUAUCAUUAUACUUUGGCUUGUUCUUGCUCACCUUCACCACAGUCUUACUGUACGAGGUUCUGAACGAAAUCUACAACGCUUAUGCCAUGGUGGGGUGCCUGAAUGUUAAAAAACCUUUGAGCACACACGCCGAAGACCAGCUAGAAACACUUCUGUCCGGCCUCAAAGACAUCAAGCACCCGUUCGUGAGACUCACAGCUUUCCAGGAGCUUGUAUACAUGGCACAGACAGCAGAGGAGAGAAAAUUCUUCUACAAAAACACGACUAACUGGACCUCCCUUCUUGAGCAGUGCUCGAUUGUGAUCCGCAGCGUGUCGAUGGCUGUGACGGCAGAUCUGAGCCUUCCGCCGGUGAUUCAAACCCCGGUCCAGAAAAACAGCAUUUUUGGGAACUCGGGGUCCUCCAGAUCGCCCAUAGACGAGGACAAGUCAGACAAGAAAGUGGACUCGCUUUUCCUACCUGCCGAAAAACCGAAACCAAAGCCAAAAUCGUUCUUGGAAACGAUUCAAGACAAAAUUACCAGUUUUGGAAAAAAUGUGAGAAAACCAGAGUUGCUUGUGAAACUGGAAAAGGAGUCUCGCAGCAAGAACACGCGCGAGGCUCUCGACUGCGUCUUGUCCAACCUCGGAUUUCUAGAAGACAUAUUUCUCCCCAACAUUGAGCGUGAGGCUUCCAAACGGGUGCCCAAUAAAGUGAUGGUGGGUGAUGCAGUGCUAGUGAUAUCAGAGGUGUUAUUACACGCCAAACACGAGGACCGCAAGAACGUUGUUAUUCCUACGCUGACCGAGGUGCUGACGCUUCUGACUCGUCUAUACAAGGCCACAGCUGAGUUUCUCUCCGACCCGCCUGCCAAAGAUACAGGCAGCUGUUGUAUCCGCGAGCUGAACGAGUUGACUCUGGAUUACUUUUUCAAGCUGGUGGUGCAGUACAACUCUGUGCUGAACGACCUGAUCUUGGCUCCAGACGUCUUCAAGUUUGCCAAAUGGUGCACGGACACCGCGCUCGACGAGAAAAUGGAAUGGUGA